AUGACUAUUGAAUCUACCACUAAUGUUGAAUAUGGCUUUGGUACAAAAGCCAUCCAUGCUGGUGCACCAAUAGAUCCUACCACCGGUGCCGUUAUUGAACCACUUUCGUUGUCUACUACAUUUGCACAAUCGGAACCAUCCAAACCGGUUGGUCUUUACGAGUACUCGAGAUCUGCUAAUCCUAACAGAGAUAACUUUGAAGCCGCAGUUGCUGCGUUAGAAAAGGCCAAGCAUGCCAUCGCUUUGAGUUCGGGUUCUGCGACCACAGCUUUGAUUAUACAGUCUUUGCCUAUGAACUCGCACAUCAUCUCAGGGGGAGAUGUUUACGGGGGAACCCACAGAUAUUUCACCAAAGUUGGUGUUACUCACGGUGUCACCUCGACAUUUGUUGGAAACUUGGUUGAGGACUUGGAAUCGAAAAUACAGGAAAACACCAAGUUGGUCUGGUUAGAAACCCCAUCGAACCCAACUUUGACCGUCACUGACAUUGCCAAGGUUGCCAGUAUCUUGAAGAACCACGAGGCCAAGACCGGCUCCAAGAUCUUGUUGGCUGUCGACAACACCUUUUUGUCUCCAUACAUAUCCAAUCCAUUGGAACACGGUGCCGAUGUCGUUGUGCACUCCGUCACCAAAUACAUUAACGGUCACUCUGAUGUGGUUAUGGGUGUUUUGGCUACCAACAGCGACGAAUUGCACGACCGCUUCAGAUUCUUGCAAAAUGCCAUUGGUUCCAUUCCAUCUCCAUUCGACUCGUGGUUAGCCCACAGAGGUUUAAAGACUUUGCACUUGAGAGUCAGACAAGCGGCCACCUCUGCUCAACAAAUCGCCCAAUUCUUAACCCAACACCCUGCUGUGUUGAAGGUCAAUUACCCAGGAUUGAAAUCGGACCCAAACCACGAAAUUGUCGUUAAACAACACAGAGACAGCUUAGGUGGUGGUAUGAUCUCUUUCAGAAUCAACGGUGGUGCCAAGGCUGCCUCCACCUUCACCUCUUCGACCAAGUUCUUCACCUUGGCCGAAUCCUUAGGUGGUAUUGAAUCCUUAGUUGAGGUUCCAGCCAUCAUGACCCACGGUGGUAUUCCAAAAGAAGAAAGAGAAUCUAACGGUGUCUUCGAUGACUUAGUUAGAGUUUCUGUCGGUAUCGAAGAUACUGAUGACUUAAUCGAAGAUGUCAGACAAGCUUUAGAAAAAGCUUCCAAAUAA